ACACAGUUUCUAUUUCCGCAAAAAAAUAAUUUGGAGGUUGGCUCAUCAUCAUAAUAUUGAUUAUCUUUUCAAUAAAAUUGCCUGAAAAUGGCUGACAGAAAGGCCGAGCUUGAGAGGAAGAAGCUCAAACUAGAGCAAAUGAGGAAAGAAAGAGAGGAGAAAAAUCGACAGCGAAAAGUGAAAGAGGGUGGGGAAGAAAAGAAGGUUGCCCCGACAAGUAGCGGUCAGUCCCAAGAUCUGCGGGCCCAGACCGAUGAGCUGUUAUCAAGUUUAGGAAUCCCCCCUGCAUCAGGGAAUGAUUCUCAGGCUGUGGUACAACCAGUCAAGGAGACAGUGGGCCCCAAUGAAGGGGCACCUGCUACUUCUGCAGUUACCACUCAACAAGCAAGUCGUCGGAAAGCCAAAUUAACGGUGACAAAGGUUGGAGAAACAAACAUUCCACCUCGUGAAAAUGUGACUUACAGCAAAGAGACCCAGACUAUAGUAGUAGAUACCACAGAGAAAGAAGGCCAUAGAUUUGGAGCCCGAGGGCCGUGGGAUUAUUACGAUGAUCACUCUGACGAUACAUGUAGUUUAUCCAGUCUUGUCAGGGGUGCGUCCUCUCGCCUGAGUUCACCUCGUCAUAGCAACUCCUCCCCCCAUCAUGGAUCCCCCCGAUUCACACACCAUGAUAUGGAAUGGGAGGAUGAAUUUGAGUUUUAUGACGAAGUUCUUACUUAUGACGACCCUCGUGGUCACUCAGAUGAGGACACAGACUCCAUUGAUGUCCACCCCGCCCCCACUCACCACAAGAUGCCCCACGUGGAGAAUGUACACCCCACACUGACCCAGGAGGACAUCCAGAAACAGGAAGAAAAACCAAGUGCACCAGCUACAAAAGAUUCUCCAGUCACCAUGGUCAAAAAAGUUAUUGAGCUGAGCGAGGAGGAGAAGAAACAGAUUAUGAUGACAGAAGAGUUCCAAACCUUCUUCAAUAAGACGACGCGGAUCGUGGAGCGAGCUCUCGACGAGGAGAUUGAUAUAUUUGUGGAUUACGCGGGUGGAGAGUCAGAAGAUAUGGAGAGUGAUUUGCGGGCUGGGGAGAGACUGAAGCUCCAGAGGAACUUCUUUGACGAGCGAUGGUCUAAGCACCGGACUGUGACCAGUCUCGACUGGUCCAAACAGCAUCCUGAAUUGUUGGUGGCAUCCUACAAUGCUAAUGAGGAUUCUCCUAAUGACCCUGAUGGGGUUACCCUCAUCUGGAACUCCAAGUUCAAAAAGACCACACCCGAAUAUGUCUUCCAUUGCCAGUCGCCCGUUAUGUCGAGCUGUUUUGCGGAGUUCCACCCUAACCUUGUGGUUGGAGGAACUUACUCUGGUCAGAUCGUGCUGUGGGACAAUCGGGUCAACAAGAGAACCCCCAUCCAGCGGACCCCUCUCUCUGCUGCUGCCCACACGCACCCUGUAUACUGUAUCAAUGUGGUGGGCACCCAGAAUGCCCACAACUUGAUCAGUGUGUCCACGGACGGAAAGAUGUGUUCAUGGAGCCUGGACAUGCUCUCACAGCCACAGGACAGCAUGGAGCUCCAGCACAAGCAGAGUAAGGCGGUGGCUGUCACCUGUUUCUCCUUCCUGUCCGGCGACGUCAAUAACUUUGUGGUCGGCAGUGAGGAUUGUACUGUGUACACUGCCUGUAGACACGGCGGGAAAACAGGUAUCAGUGAGGCCUUUGAGGGACACAUGGGGCCCAUCACGGGGAUAGACUGCCACAAUGUUCCUGGACAAAUCGACUUCUCCCCUUACUUCCUAACCUCCAGUUUCGAUUGGACGCUCAAACUAUGGAGCAUUAAAGACCAGAAGUUCCUGCACUCUUUUGAGGACAACAGUGACUAUGUGUAUGACGUUCAGUGGUCACCGAUCCACCCCGCCCUGUUUGCUAGCGUGGACGGAGAUGGUCGUCUGGAUCUGUGGAACCUAAACAACGAGACUGAGGUGCCCACUGCGUCAGUUGUAGCAGAAGGGGGCGUGGCACUCAAUCACUGUCGCUGGCAUGGGAGUGGAUCCAGCAUCGCUGUUGGUGAUGAUGUCGGACGAAUUCAUAUUUAUGAUGUAGCGGAGAACACUGCAAACCCAAAGAUGGAUGAGUGGUCGCGCUUCGUUAGAACUCUGCAGGAAUUGAAGCAACAAGCAGUGGAGCGUGAAGAGGAGUCAUCUCUCGGAUCGGUAUCCAUGACCUCCCCACUACGAUGAACUACCUUAAUGUUCCUUAUUGUGUGUGGGGCAUCACCUUUAUGACCAAACAAACAUUUUGCUUAAAUAAGAUGGAGAAAGUGCUAAAUGCGAAGGUUGCUAAUUGUGAAGCUUAAUUCAAUGGAUAUAUACAAACAAGACUGUGCAAUAUUAAGCUAGGUUCAAUUUGUUUUUUUGUUUAUUAACCAAUUAAUGAUGUAUACAUGCGUAUUGAUUCAUUGAGAACACAGUUGCUAUGGAAAUAAAUCAGAGAGACACUCA